CCGUGCCAAGGUUUACGUAUUAAUGUGCAUUUAAGUGUUUAACGGAAUGGAAGCAGAUCACAAGUGAGAGGAAGGGAGAUGGCAGUGCAGGAACAAUUAAAAAAGAAGAGUGAGGAGUAAUGACUACUGUUGGAUCAUCGAGUACGAUUGAAAGAAGAAGAGUCAACAGUAUAAAUAGAACAGCGCUUUGCAUUUGGACUUCAGUUGAAGCAGCAAGGUGACCUAGCUAAGGGCUGCGUAUUAAUAUGCAUUUACGCAUUUAAAAGAAUGUGAGCAGACCACAUGUAAGAGAAAACGAUUCAGCAACAAUACUAAUAAGAGUAAGGAGUAAUGCCAACUACUGGAUCAAAAACUGCGGUGGAAAGAAGGAGAGUCAACAGUAUAAAUAGAGCACCACUUUGAAAUUGGAUUCCAGUGGAAUCUGCAAGGUGGCCUUGCUAGGGGUCGCGUAUAAAUAUGCAUUUACGUGUUUGAAGGCAUGUGAGCAGAUCGUAUGUGAGAGGAAGCGAGAUGGCAAUGUAGGAACAAUAAUAAUAUGAAGAGUGAGGAGUAAUGACAACUGCUGGAUCAACAAGUACGAUUGAAAGAAGAAGAGUGGACAGUAUAAAUAGAGCAAUGCUGUGCGAUUGGACUUCAGUUAAAGCUUCAAGGCGUGCCGGCGAGGGGCUGCUUAUUAAUAUGGAAUUGCAUGCAGCAGAAGACAAAAUUUUUUUUAACGAGAGCGCUGGGCAUUUGAGCUUCACGAUUGAAAGAAGAAGAGUCAAUAGUAUAAAUAGAGCAGCGCUUUGCAGUUAAACUUCAGUUGACGCUGCAAGAAGGCCCGGCUAAGGGCUGCGUAUUUAUGUGCAAGUACACGUCUAAUAGAAUGUAAGCAGAUCACAUGCAAGAGGAAGCGAGAUGGCACUGCAGGAAUACUACUAAUAUGAAGAGUGAAGAGUAAUGACAACUGCUGGAUCAACAAGUACGAUUGAAAGAAGAAGAGAUCAGUAUAAAUAGAGCAGCGCUUUGCAUUUGGGCUUCAGUUGAAGCUGCAAGGUUUUCGUGCUAGGGGUAACGUAUUAAUGUGCAUUUAGCGAUUAAAAGAAUUUAAGCAACAUACAAGUGAGAGAAAGUGAGAUGGCAUUACAGCAACAAUACCAAUAAGAAGAGUAAAGAGUAGUGACAACUGCUGGACCAACAAGUACAUUUGUUAUGUAACAGAAAUUUACAAAUUGAUUACAUCGACAACAACAAGUGGUUUUAUUGGCAUCAUUAAGAACAAACGAAUUGUGCAGAUGCUUCGAAAUUGAGCUAGCCAUGGCGAGGAGGAUGAAGCGUGCCGCACAAUUGGAAGGAAAAUAACAAACAGCAAUAAACCAGAUGAGAGAAAUAAAAAGAAUUGCUGACAAUGGGCGUGUCAGGACUUUCGGUCAGCCUUUUGGCCAGCAUAGAAAACGGCCCGGAGAGCCCAAAGAGCCCAGUCGAGCUCAUAAUAAAGCAAUAAAAAAAGGAGAAAGACGCACUUUGUAUCACAAAAGAAAAAACCAACAAAAUGUUUUCCUGUGUGCAGCUGCUCACCGCGCUCUGCGUCAUCGGCAUUUUAAUAGAUUUCACAGCCGGACUGCGUCUGGUCGAGGUGCGCAUACCGAACUACGUGAUUAAGGGCGCCACAGCACAGCUGGAGUGCCUAUACGAUCUGGACGGCGAGGCGCUCUAUUCGGUCAAAUGGUACAAGGAUGGCAAUGAGUUCUAUCGCUAUGUGCCCAGGGAUAAUCCGCCGGCGCAAACGUUCCGUUUGCCAGGUGUUGCUGUCGAUUUGCACAACUCGAGCGACGCGAUUGUUAACCUGCACAACGUCAAUCUGCAGUCGGCGGGCCGCUUCCGGUGUGAGGUAUCCGGCGAGGCGCCAUCCUUCCAAACGGUCACCGAGCACGGCGACAUGGUUGUUGUAUCUCUGCCGGAUCAGGGACCGCCGAAAAUAAUUGGGGGACGUCCGCGUUAUCAAAUUGGCGACUGGGUGCGCAUCAAUUGCACCGCUGGCCGCUCCAAGCCAGCCGUCAAUCUGUCCUGGUUCGUCAACGGCGAGCCCGCCGAGCCGCAGAAGCUGCGAAAAUUCGAGACUAUCGUAUCGGGCCGCGAAGGCCUCGAGACCUCUGUCCUGGGCCUCCAGUUUCGCGUGGAACAGCAGCAUUUUCGCAACGGCGACAUGAAGUUAAAGUGUGUGGCUGCGCUUUCGACCUUUUACUGGCGCAGCAACGAGGAGUCCGUCGAGGGCGACCGACCGCAGAAGGCGCCGGUAUUGGAGUCGCGCGAAAGCGACAGCGCCUUCGCCAGCAACUCGCGCGCCGACCCGGUGCAAGGUAUGUCAUACCGGGAAUUAUUUGUUACCAAACUCUUAUCGCUUUUCAUUCAAUCAAACGCAGCCAGCAAAACGGACUCGCUCCUAAUGGCCCGUGCGCCCAGUGCGCUGCUGUUGCUGGCGCUGGCCACGGCUGCCACCUUGGCCGGCGGCGGCGUCAUUUUAUCCUGGCCAGCGUCCAUGCACAGCAAGGCCGGAGCCCGAGUGAAUCGCGAUUCGGUCAGAAAUAUUGUUGUUGAUCUCGCUAAUGGUAAUGCGUCCAAAGAUAAGGUCAAAGUUAAAGAUAAGCGCGUGCAGCUCGAGUUGCUGCCCGCGGCCAAGCAAAAGCUCCAGCUGUUCCUGCGCCAGCUGCGGCGCUCAGCGAGCGACGCGUCGUCAGCGGCAGCAGCAGCUGCUGUUGCAGCAUCCGCGCAGCGGCGGCAGAUGCUGCUGACUGCGCGGUAGCUGCAUUAAGCUGGCCGCCCAUGCACUCAGCCCCGCCCAAUUUUCCAAUGAAUUUCCGUCUUCGCUUCGCAGAAAAUAAAAAUCAAAAAAAUAAAAAUGAAAACCAAAAAAAAAAAUGAAAGGGAAAAGAAA